AUGUUCAAGGUGUUGCUUUUUGUGUGUCUGGCGGUGCUAACUGCCGCCGAACGUCUCGGCGAGAACUUCGCCCUGGAGCCAGAGGUAUACAAGCCGAAGAAAAGCGCGCCACAGCCCUUUCCAAAGACUUGCGAAGGUGGCGUGAUUGACCUCCAAGGAGUGUACGACGUCAACGAAGACAUGGUGAUCCGAGGGUGCAACCUGACGGGACGUGGUGCCAAGGGUGCAACCAUCUUUCUGCAAGCGCACCUCACCUUCGAGCAAAGACCAGGUUCGGAACAUCAAAAAAUUUCGUGGGUCGGUGCUAUACGCUUCGUGGGGAAGCAGCCCUUGAAGCAAGCCUGUGUGACUGUGCGUGGACACCUCGUCAUUGGUGGUGAACCUGAUCGUAGCCCUGAUGCCAACAUCCAAUUCGCCAGCUGCCAUAACAAGGACAAGUUGUCUAAUGGCGGGGCCCUCCACGUGGUGAACGGCUUGACCAUGCGAUCCGGCUUCGUGAUGAUCCAGGACAGUAGCUCCGCAGGUGGUGGGGGCCUCUACAUUCACGGAAAUGGACUCCAUCAAAAGGGUGGGAAGGUUGUGCUGAAGGACUGUGGGUCGGAUGGCUUCGGCGGAGGCCUGCUGAUAAACUCAGCUGGCGACUUUCAGCAGGAUGCUGGUGAGAUCAGCUGCAUAGGGUGCUUCGCAGCGCAGCGUGGGGGAUGCAUGGUCAUCACUGGCAGCGCAAACAUCGCUGGCUCCAUCCACGCGCAGAACUGUUCGGCUGGCUUAGGGGGGGGCGUCUCUUGCCUUGGCGAGUUGGUGUCUUCGGGUCUCAUGGAGUUCGCGUGGUGCAGAGCUAAAGCAGGCGGCGGUGGCGGGCUCCAGGUUGAGUCCGACUUCAUCCAACAUGCCGGGAGCAUGGAGUUUCGAUCAUGCACGGCUGCCGAGGAUGGAGGUGCGAUGGCUCUUGGUAAGAACCUAACCACCUCGGGCACUAUGGAGUUCUAUGCAUGCCAUGCAGAUGGCGAUGGCGGCGCAAUCAAGCUCCAAGGGGACCUUCAACAGCAAGCAGCUGGAAACAUGAGCUUCGCUUCAUGCACCGCACGCCGGGGAGGUGCAGUGGCAGUUCGCCGACUCGAAGCAUCUGGCACCAUGGAGUUCAAAGAUUGCAAUGCGGAAGAUUCAGGUGGUGCAGCUGUCGUUGGAACUGACUUCGUUCAGAACGCCGGCCGCAUAGAGUUUCAGUCAUGCACGGCUGACAAAGGAGGCGCAUUGGUUGUCCCUGGUGACCUUGUUUCUCACGGCCUGUGCAGUAUCAAAUCCUGCUUUGCAGAACAAGGUUCUGCCCUUGAGGUUUUGGGCGACUUUCUUGUUACUGAUCUGCCGACAGACUGUCCAGAUGGAGUUCUGGACUUGACGGGAAUGUAUGUGGUCGACUGGGUUUCCACCUUUGUUGGAAACUGCAAGAUUAGGGGCACAGGUGCCACAGUCCUGAUCAAAGAGCCCUUGGUCGUUGAAGGAGCUGUCGAGUUCCUCGGGCUGAUCUCUUUCAUUGGACUGUCGCCUAUGGAGCAAGCCUGUGUUACGGUGAAGGGGUCUCUCACAAUUGGUGGCACUUCUGAUGAAACUGACAUCCUGUUCACGGAUUGCCACAACAAGGACAGUGCGUCUGCUGGCGGAGCGCUCCACAUCGCGCAGGACCUCACUGUCGUCUCGGGCGUGCUGGAGAUAGAGCGAAGCAGUAGUCUCAAAGGUGGUGGUGGUGUCUACAUCGACAGCGGCAGUCUUUACCAAGUCGGUGGCAGCAUAAAGAUGAUGAGCACCUCCACUUCAGCAGACAUUGGUGGAGGCUUGCUGGUCAACAGGGGCAGUGUCGUCCAGGCAGAUGGACAAAUCAGCUGCCACAAGUGCUCUGCAAAGCGUGGUGGAUGCCUGGCAUUGAAUGGCGGUGUGGACAACUACAGCUUGCAGUCGAAUGGCUCCAUUGAAGCGGAGAGCUGCACUGCCGGCGCAGGUGGCGCGCUGCACAUCAGCACCGGACAUUGGCUUUUGUUUGGCCAUAUCAUUUUCAAUCGUUGCCGUGCAGAGGAAGGACCAGGUGGUGCUGCCUGGGUCCGGGGCAGCAUCUAUCAAAUGAAGGGCACCGUCACGUUUGCAUCGUGCACGGCAGCUGGCGAAGGUGGGGGAAUGAAAGCAACCGGAAGCUUCGUGCAAGAGGAAGGUUCUGUUUCCUGCCAAGCCUGCAAUAGUCAACGUGGUGGAGGUUGUAUGCACGUUGUGGACAAGUUCGUCCAGAAGAGCGGCUCUGCCAUCUUCACAGCUUGCAAUACAUCCCGUAAUGGAGGCGCUUUGAGCGUCGAGAACGGUGUCUACUUGGGAGGCAACAGCACCUUUCAGGACUGCAGCUCUACUGGCCAUGACGGUGGCUGCCUUCACACCAAGGGCCACGUGGACUUUCAGGGCUCUGCCUUGUUUACCGGCUGCGAAGCUGCUCGAGACGGCGGUGCCGUGUCGGCCCGAAGCGCGGAGAUCGAGAGCGGCGCCAGCGUCACCUUCGACAGCUGCAGAGCAGGAUGGAGCGGCGGUGGCCUGUACCUUCAAGCGUUUCAUCAGACUGGCGGCUCGGUGAUGUUCGCAUUCUGUCGGACAAAUGUCGGCAGCGGAGGAGGUUUGUACCUACGAGGGGACUUCCGGCAAGAUGGCGGGCAUACCAGCUUCUACGGUUGUGAGGCAGACAACGGCAAGGGCGGCGGCCUGCGUAUCGAAAAAGGCUCAUUGAUACAAAGUGGUGGGAACCUGGACAUCAAAAAGUGCAAAGCAGGUGGCGCAGGUGGAGGAGGAGACGUGGAGUUUGACGUCGUUCAGCAGGGGGGCAAGCUUUCGGUUGCAGGCUGCCACAGCCUAGCGGAUGGAGGCUGUAUGCGCGUUAGCGGCAACUUUACGCAAGAGUCUCGUGGCGUGGCUCAUUUCUCUGAUUGCCUCGCCAAGCUCGGGGGUGGUUGCCUUGGCGUAAAGCAGUCCGUCCACGUCGAGGGCUCCUCUACAUUCAAGUUGUGCAAAGCUUCUGGAGGACUAGGAAGCCUUGAACCAGGUGGAGGUGGGUUGCUUGUUCACCGCGACUUCUUCCAGAAUGGAGGAGUCAUUCGCUUCGAAAGCUGCAAGGCUGCCAGGGGCUUUGGCGGCGGACUGCAAGUCCUUGAUGGGAACCUCACAGCUGCCUCAGGGGACAUGUUUUUUGUGCGAUGCUGGGCGCAAGGUGCUGGCGGUGCACAUGUAAAAAAUGGCCAUGUUCACGCACAGGCCUUUGCAAACGUGCAUUUUGAAAGUUGCAAAACAACAAGCCCUGGUGCCAGUGGUGGAGGUAUGGGCCUUCAGCUUGGAAGCCUCUUCCAGCAGGGCGGUCACAUCAGGUUCUCCAGCUGCAGAGCACCUGGUGGCAAAGGAGGGGGGCUAGCGCUGCUCCAGGGAUCUCUGCACCAGUACACCGGUAGCCUGGGCUUCGAGCGCUGUGGCUCUGGUGAGGGCGGAGGACUCUUCGUUCGCAAGGAUGUGCUGAUGGCCGGGGCCCUGAAUUUCAGCAACUGUAAAGCACAUCGACAAGGCGGAGGCGGUGGAGCCGUGGUGAAGCAAGAUUUUCUUCAACAUGCUGGAGAAUUACUUGUCGAUUCUUGCAGCAGUAACACCAAUGGCGGUGGUCUGUUUGUCGGCGGCACGUUCAAUCAGGUGUCAAACACUUCGGCCCGAUUCGCAGCAUGUCGAGCGCGAGCUGGAGGUUGUCUGGGUGUCAACGGUUCGGUCUAUGUCAGCGGUUCCAACACUUUCGAGCAGUGUGUCGCUUUCGGAGAUGCUGAAGGUGCAGGAGGCGGCGGAAUUUACACUCAACAGAACUUCUCCCAGCUCGGCGGCAUCACCAACUUCACUGAAUGUCGCACGCUGAGGGGCGGUGGCGCAUUGCGCAUCAAGAGCGGCAGCCUAAUCGCGAACUCGGGGACUUUGAUUUUCGGGUGGUGCAGGGCGGCAAAUUCCGGCGGAGGAGCAAAGGUGGGCCUUCAUGUUUACGUUCGACCAGAAGCCAAGAUGUUCUUUCGUGAAUGCGGCUCUUACUAUUUUGGUGGAGGUAUGUUCCUGAGCGGUCACUUGAUCCAAGACGGGGGAAGCAUGAAAUUCCACAGCUGCCAAGCAAGCCAUGGAGGAGGCCUGGCUGUGUCCAAAAGCUAUUUGCAUCAGCUGGCGGGCGAAAUGCACCUCGUUGACUGUCACGCCGGUGUUGGCGGCGGCUUAUGGGUGCAGAAGAACAUGACUGUGGGCAGCAGCGUGGCUCUUUCCAAAUGCAGUGCCCGCAGUUCAAGCGAAGGAGGCGGAUGUGUUUACAUCGACCAGGGCGACCUGAUCGUGAAAGGAAACGCAUCCAUGGAGAACUGCAGCUCCCUUGGGUCGGGGGGCGGCCUCCUGAUGGGCAGGGGAGGUGUGCGACAGCAAGCUGGCAGCAACUUGAGCUUCCGCCACUGCUCGGCUCGCGGUGGAAACGGCGGUGGGAUGUCGGCUUACAGCUUUGCCUCACAGGGCUUCGCAGAGUUUGCAAGCUGUGCGGCAUCCUCUGGAGGCGGCAGUGGUGGGGGUUUCUACAUCAGCAGCGGGCACGGCACCAUUCAGCAAAGCCGGGGCCGCAUGAGCUUCACCAAUUGCACCGCUGGGCAGCGUGGCGGUGGUUUCUACCUUGGAUCCGCAGUGCCGGGAAGCCUCAGGGACAUUUCCUUCGACCGCUGUAGCACGGAUGGCGACGCAGGCACCUUCUACGCCGAAUCGCGUGUUUUGAAUGUCUCUAACCUGACUAUCUUCGAGCCUCGCAGCGUGGACUUUGACAUCAUUUCCGAGGGCAAACUGGCCCUCCAAGAUCUUCAUCUGCACAGCAGGAACCGGAAGUUCGGCAUGGGCAUAUGGGCCGGAAGCCUCGACGCAGGGACGGUGAACUGCACCCUUCUGAAGUGGUGCAGUUUGGUGGCGCCCGAGCCGCAUGUUCAUCACCUGCACUGCCCACCGGGCACCGGAAUUCAGGGGGGCGAUAAUUUCAGCAACUGCUCGGUUUGCGAAGAUAACUUUACAGCGCUCUCUGGUGACACGCAGUCCAAGUGCGUGCCGUGCCCGACACACAAUGACUUCUGCUACGCGGAUAAGUUCAAGAUGACUCCAGGGCACAUGGUUCAGAAGAACAUCAGCUUGACGAUCUUCUGCCCCAACCCCGCAGCAUGUCCUGGCGGAAAUUCAACGAAAAUGUCGACCAUGUGUGCGGAAGGUUAUCAAGAUCGUGCCUGUGCAAACUGUUCGCAGGGCUACUCCAUCUCAGACAGCAGUGUGCUGAUAUGCACCCACUGUGCGACGGAUUUCUGGCGAAAGCUCUUGCAAUGGGCUUAUAUGCUUGCGAAGCACUUCUUGCCCUUUGCGGUGGCAGCUUACAGUGCACUACAAGUCGAGGAUGCCGAGGAGCCCAAGCGCAGCGGCGUACUAAUCAACCAGCUGCUCUCCUUCGCCACGGUUGCCAGCACCCUGUUGACCAUGGUAGCCCAGACCAAUGCGAUGCGAGAAGUCAAGCUGACGGCAGCGGGCGUUGGUCAGGCUUUGCUCCGUGUCGCUGGUUUCACGACGGACUUUAUUUCUGGGCAAGGCGCCUCGGAAGGCUCCUUUGGGAUCUCCUCCACUUGCUUGCUCUCCUACCUGGGCCUCCGUGGGACGCUCUGGCAAGCCCACUUGCUCCACACCGCCAUUCCAGCAGCGUUGGUGCUUAUCCUCGUUGCCUUCCUCCCCAGGAACCAGCAUGGAGUUGCAGUGGUCGUAGGCCUGAAUUGCUUCUGGCCUGUGAUCUUCAGCUACUUUGGAAAGCACCUUUACUGCUUCCAGUUCGCACCGCAGGGCACGCUUGAGUUGGAGAAGACAUACGAGUGCCCAUUCCUGGAGAAGGAAUCCCAUCGCCACAUCGUCCGCAUCCUGAUGGUGUGCGUCUUCGUGGCGGUGUCUUACGUCUGGAUUAGCCUGUCAUUGCCCAAGGAGGGGGCAAAGCCACCGCUUCACGUCAUCUUUCUCAGCCGGGCAUACCGACAGAGCUGCGGACUCUGGGAGUCCGAGCGGCUGAUGAGGAAAACGCUGUUGACGCUUGCGGUAUCUGCCCUGCCCAUCACCUCUUCGCCAGCUUUGCAACUGGUGUGCAUCGGGGGUGUGGUCAUGGUCUCCCUCUACCUCCACGCUGCGCUCUUGCCCUAUAAGACAAUGCGCUUCAACCUGACGGAAUGCACUCUGUUGACGACGGCGGCGCUCAUGACAGCCAUCGUGAGUGGGCUGACAGCAUACGACUGCUACUGGGGUCUCAUGUUGGAUGUGGAGUUCGCCAUGAUCUUCUCGACUGUGGGGCUAGCUGCUCUGACUUGUGGUGUCAUGAUCUUUAUGAUCGUCAGGGAGCUGGUCCGAGAGAGGCGCAACCGGCGGGCCAAGCGCGGCGUGCCGCGUGCGAAGGAUCGACCAGCCGUGGAAGCUCCCUGGCUCUGGGGGACCUACCUGGCCCGACGCACCUGA